UACAUGACUUUUUUCAAAUUCAGCCCACUUGAUUUUGUUUUCUUUUAUGGACACCCCUGCGCCUUCACCUCCCUCUCCUUCUUCUCCACAGCAUCACCCAUCCACUGCCCCCGUCUCCGCCGAAAACCCGCCGAACCCGCUUCCCUCUGACCCGAAUCCAACGGCUUGUAACUCCGCUUCGUCCUCAAAGCCCCUCAACCGUGGAAAAAACAAGAAGAAAAGACUUAACAAAGAUGUACCAUCAUCCUCUUCUUGUUCCUUAUGUUCUACCAGCAAAGGCAAGGGAUUGGCGUUCAGACGACGCAACGUUAAGUUCCGGGCGGGUCAGGUUCGAAGGCCGAGCGAGGGGACUGAGAUAGAGGCUAUUGCUCUUCCUCUUGGAAUGUCGUUUGCCGCUGUUGUUGCUCAGGUUUUGGAAAGGAAAGAUGCAGCAGGUGAUAGGAUAUCCAUCGACCAUCUUUCAAGGAUCUGCACUUCAGCUGUCAGAGAAUCUUUAACCAAUGUUUUUGGGGACAAUUUUAAUUAUUUCGCGAGGAACUUUGAGAAAUCGUUUGGGAGCACAUUGAGGACUCUUAGAUUGAUUAAUGAAUCAUCCACCAAGAAGGAAGGAUACCACCUAAAAAAUCACCGUGUAUCUAAUUUGGAUUUGCCUUCUAAUGAAGCGGGUUGCUCAAGCAAUUCUGAGCUUCAUGAUUGUCACUCGGAAACAGACUUGCCUACUAUUGCAACUGAAGAUAUAUUGACCACCCCUGAAGUAGAACCUGAACAAACAACAGCAAGUUUUAUUUAUAAGGAACUUGUACUGCAUGAUCAAAACAACCAACUGGCUUGUGCCUCUUCAAGCUCAUUAGAUUCUGCAAUCAAUAAGAACGUGCUGAGUACGAUGGAAAAAUCUGUUAUAGAACAAGUCCGUUCGAAUGACCUCAAGGCAUUGGAGCUUGGUCUUGUAAUGAAAAGAUUGAAGUUGAAAGAGGCCCAGUUGGCUCUCAACCAUGAUUCAAAUCAUUUGGAGAGGUCAAAAUUAGCUGUGGGUAUAUCCAAGGCAUCCUUUAAAGCUGAAAAAUUCAAAAAUCAAUUAGAAGACAUGAGACAUGGUGAGCUGCUUAAAAAGUGCAUCGACUGUCUUGUAGCCGGUAUAGUCCUCAUGUCAGCUUCCCUUUCUUAUGCCGCUUAUGUUUUUUCAUACAAAAAGAUUUCUGAAGCUACUGCAGCCUGUGCGCCUUUACAAAAGGAAUCCAAGUCUUGGUGGAUGCCGAAUACAGUGUCAUCGUUUAAUUCAGGGCUGCAUACCAUUAAGUGCCAAGUUCAGGUUAUGAGCCGAAUGAUAUUUGGUUUUCUAAUGAUUCUCGCAAUAGCUUACUUGCUUCUCCAGCGUUCGGCCACUUCAAGACAGACAAUGCCUAUCACUUUUAUCCUUUUGCUCUUGGGAGCUGCCUGUGGUUUUGCCGGCAAGCUUUGCGUAGACACUCUGGGUGGAAGUGGAUAUUACUGGCUCAUAUGUUGGGAGAUUCUCUGCUCGCUGCAUUUCUUCGCAAAUGUCUGUACAUCACCAUUGUUCAUUAUCCUUCAUGGGCCUGUCGACAUUUCCCAAGGGAUGAAAGGCAAGACAGUGGUUCCAUACUGGGCACGUAGAUCUGUGUUCUAUGCUACUCUUCUUCUGUUCUUACCACUAAUCUGUGGCCUUAUGCCUUUUGCAACCCUUAAUGAAUGGAAGGAUCACUUCUCAGUACUAAUCUUAGACUCUCAAUCAUCAUCGAUAGACGAUUAAUGCUACAGUUUUGAGCGUCGUAUUAGUCACUGAUUCCUUGUGUCAUCGAGUUACUGUUAUUGACUAUUGGUGUAAAUUACUCUUGUAUUUUAUGUCAAGCUGCUCCGGUGUUGUAUUUGCCCUGAAUAAUUUUCUGUAGCUGCAGCUUGGUUUAUUUAUCUCUUGUAUCAGUAAUUUUAGGUGUCUCAACCGGAACGAGUCUGGCGAUAAUGUAAAUUAAUUUCUUUUACCUGGAAAAGGCAGAGGUAGAAUUUUCAAUCACAGUUGAUGUUUA